UGUAGGGGUAUGAAAUCUUCACUAUCACUUUGAAAGAUGAUGAAACAAGAUUUCCUUUGGCAUUUACUUAAAGGUGUGGUGAAAUCCAAGAAAUCAAUAUGGCGACUUAAAACGAUCACGGACUUAUUCUGGGCAAUUGUUAAUUAUAUAGGCGUGUUUUUCGCUACAAUGUUUUCGAUGGAAAAGUCUGACGCUUAUAGGAAAGGCCUUGCCUCUGGCAAGAAAUGGGAUGGUGGUGGUGGUGGCCCAGGAGGUUCCGGAAGGGGUCCAUAUGGUGGCGGUCCUCGUGGCCCACCACGUGGAUUGGAUAAUGUCCGUGGAAUUGACCACAGUUCGUUGCCUGCAUGUGGUUCUUGCUGUGGUUGAGGGGACGAUGCCUCUAUUCUCCUGCUUAUGGAAGCGUUGAGUGUCUAUGAUGCCUAUAUUUGAAACGACAAAAGCUCAGUUUACGUCUAUGUAUACUUUAUCAUGACUCCUGGAUUGUGUUAAUGUCAGUAAAACUUCUAAGAGGACAGGAAUUGGUACUUGCCAGAUUGUCUUGCUCAUCAGCACAUAAUGAUUCGAAAGUUUGUAAGUGCUAUUUCUAAAUUAGCACGAUUGGUCUAUUGAGGAUAUGCUGCUGUGCCGACUCU